GAGCUUGGGACCAGUCGCCGGUAGGAGUUGGAGUGCUGUCGCCAGAUCCUGUAGCAGAGAAUAAAUAUGGCAGAGCUUUCUGAGCCAGAAAGACCAGUAAAUUGGAAAGAAAGAUGUAUGGCUCUGGAGUCUCAGCUCAUGAAAUUUAGAGUUCAAGCAAGCAAGAUACGAGGACUCUUAGCAGAAAAAAUGCAACAGCUUGAGAGACAAGUUAUUGAUGCUGAACGUCAAGCAGAAAAAGCUUUUCAACAGGUACAAGUUAUGGAAGAGAAAUUAAAUGCCGCGAAUAUUCAAACCAGUGAAUCAGAGAUGAAGUUAUAUAAAAAGUGUCAAGAUCUAGAGUCUUUUCUCCAGGAAAAAGAUGACAUCAUUCAAAACUUGGAACUGCAACUUGAAGAGCAGAAACAAAUACGAACACAAGAAGCUAAAAUAAUAGAAGAGAAAGCAGCUAAGAUCAAAGAGUGGGUAACCAUUAAGUUAAAUGAGCUAGAAUUAGAGAAUCAGAAUCUUCGUUUGAUCAACCAAAACCAAACUGAAGAGAUAAAAUUAAUACAGUCAAGAUUACAAGAAGUUCAAGGGAAGAAGUCGUCCACUGUCACUACAACUAAGUCUUCAGAAGGACAACGCCUGAGCAGUUUGACAUUUGGGUGCUUUUCUUCCCGAGCAAAGAGUCCUCCUCAAGCAGUAAAAGCUGAGGAAAUGGGCAAAAUAUCAUCUAAAGAGCCUGAGUUUCUGGAAGGAAAGGACUCAGCAGAAGCAGACAUUGUAGAGAAAUCAGCUGAUAAUCAAGUCCAAGAAAUCAACAGAAACCAAAGAACAUUGCAUGAAACCCCUUGCAGCUUAGAGCAGAACCGGAAAUCAAGAGCAAGCUUUGCGACAGAUGGCAGUCUGUCCCAGAAUUCUGGUGCUCCAGUGAGUGACUGGAGUUCUGAGGAGGAAGAUGGGAGCAAAGGAAGAUCCAAGUCCAGACCUACAUCCACCCUUUCCAGUCACACGUCAGAGGAAGGUGCCCAAUGUGGCCGGAUGGGAAGUGAAGCAUAUUUGACAGCAUCUGAUGACAGUAGUUCUAUAUUUGAAGAAGAGACUUUUGGCAUAAAGAGACCAGAACACAAGAAGCUUUAUUCUUGGCAACAGGAGGCACAGUGGAAGGCUCAGAAUAGACUUCUUGAAAAGGGAAAUUCUGAAACAAGUAAGAAGGAGCAAGAUAGUUCCUCAGAUGAACUGAAUAAAAAGUUUCAAUCCCAAAGACUGGAUUAUUCAUCCUCAUCAAGUGAGGCCAACACUCCAAGUCCUAUUUUGACCCCAGCUUUAACUCCAAAGUAUGCUAACUCACUCCCUGGAAAAGGAGCACAAGUAGCACCUUCAUCACACGUGCUGUCGCCUAAGUUAAGGAUUCCUAAUGUUUUCAGUAUAAGUGUAGCACUCACCAAAAGGCACUUAAGCCAGCCACAGUUAAGUUCUGACAGGAUGUUUGGUACAAACAGAAAUGCCAUAAGCAUGAUACGACCACUGAGACCUCAGGAAACUGAUCUUGAUCUACUUGAUGGCGACAGUGCAGAACAUGUAGAGAAUAUGGAUACAAGCUGUGAUGAUGGAUUAUUUACUCAGGACUCUCCGGAAUCUCCAUAUUUAGACCACCAGGAAGUCAGCGACUUGGCAAAGAAGGCCGCAUGCAACAAACCUCCCACUCCUCCCCUGCACCGGUUUCCCUCUUGGGAAAGCAGAAUUUAUGCUGUAGCCAAAUCAGGAAUUCGAAUGUCUGAGGCCUUCACUAUGGAAAACACUAAUAAAAAUGCUGCUACCAUGCUUUCCUGCACCACAUCAGGACUUUAUACAUCUCUGAUAUACAAGAAUCUGACCACUCCGGUCUAUACAACGUUGAAGGGGAAGGCAACCCAAAUAAGCAGCAGCCCUUUCCUGGAUGAGUCUUCUGGCUCCGAGGAAGAGGACAGCUCCAGGUCCAGCUCACGGACAUCAGAAUCAGACUCGCGCAGCCGCAGUGGGCCCGGCAGCCCCAGAGCCAUGAAACGAGGGGUGUCUGUUUGUUCUGUGGCUUCUGAAAGUGAUUAUGCUAUCCCUCCUGAUGCCUAUGCCACAGACACAGAAUGCUUACAGCCAGAGCAGAAGCUUCCUAAAACCUGCUCAUCUUCCAGUGACAGUGGGAAAAAUGAGCCACUGGAAAAAUCUGGCUAUCUACUAAAAAUGAGUGGUAAAGUAAAGACUUGGAAGCGGAGAUGGUUUGUUCUUAAAGGUGGCGAAUUACUGUACUACAAAUCUCCAAGCGAUGUAAUUAGGAAACCUCAGGGCCAUAUUGAACUCAAUGCAUCCUGCAGUAUUUUAAGAGGAGAUAAUAAACAAACUGUGCAGCUGACCACUGAAAAACACACAUACUAUCUGACUGCUGAUUCUCCCAAUAUAUUGGAUGAAUGGAUUAAAGUGUUACAGAAUGUUCUUCGAGUACAAGCUGCUAACCCACUUUGCCUGCAGCCUGAGGGAAAACCAACAAUGAAGGGAUUGCUUACUAAGGUAAAACAUGGCUACUCCAAGAGAGUCUGGUGUACACUUGUUGGAAAGACAUUAUAUUAUUUUCGUAGUCAAGAGGAAAAGUUUCCUUUAGGUCAGAUCAAACUCUGGGAGGCGAAAGUUGAAGAGGUGGACAGGUCCUGUGAUUCAGAUGAAGAUUAUGAAGCCAGUGGACGUAGUUUGUUAUCCACUCAUUACACCAUCGUUAUCCACCCCAAAGACCUAGGUCCUACUUACCUCCUAAUUGGAUCCAAACAUGAAAAGGACACUUGGCUUUAUCAUCUGACUGUUGCAGCUGGAAGUAACAAUAUAAAUGUUGGAUCUGAAUUUGAACAACUGGUUUGCAAAUUGCUUAACGUAGAAGGGGAACCUUCUUCCCAGAUAUGGCGACACCCCACUUUGUGUCACAGCAAAGAAGGAAUCCUGUCCCCUCUUACCACAUUGCCUUCUGAAGCUCUACAGACAGAAGCUAUUAAGUUAUUUAAGACCUGCCAGCUUUUUAUAAAUGCAGCAGUUGAUUCUCCUGCAAUUGAUUACCAUAUAUCUCUAGCCCAGAGUGCUUUGCAAGUCUGUCUCACACAUCCUGAGCUACAGAAUGAAAUUUGCUGUCAACUUAUUAAACAGACAAGACGGAGGCAGCCACAGAAUCAACCAGGACCAUUGCAGGGCUGGCAGCUCUUGGCACUGUGUGUUGGCCUCUUCCUUCCCCUUCAUCCUUUCCUGUGGCUCCUCAGGCUCCAUCUAAAGAAGAACGCAGAUUGCAGGACAGAAUUUGGGAAAUACGCUAUUUACUGUCAGCGAUGUGUAGAAAGAACUCAACAAAAUGGUGAUCGUGAAGCAAGACCCUCUAGAAUGGAAAUUCUUUCAACACUUCUUCGAAACCCUUAUCAUCAUUCUUUGCCCUUUAGCAUACCGGUGCACUUCAUGAAUGGGAUAUAUCAGGUAGUUGGGUUUGAUGCAUCCACCACAGUGGAAGAAUUUUUGAACACUUUGAACCAAGAUACAGGAAUGAGGAAACCUGUACAGUCUGGAUUCGCGUUGUUCACUGAUGAUCCAUCUGGCAAAGACCUAGAGCACUGUCUUCAAGGAAACAUCAAGAUUUGUGACAUUAUUUCUAAAUGGGAACAGGCAUCCAAAGAACAGCAGCCUGGGAAAUGUGAAGGCACAAGAACUGUUCGUCUUACUUACAAAAACAGACUAUAUUUCUCAGUGCAAGCUCAUGGAGAGACUGAUAGAGAAAAGUUGCUGUUAACGUAUCAGACAAAUGAUCAAGUAAUGAACGGCCUUUUCCCUCUGAGCAAGGAUCUGGCAUUAGAAAUGGCAGCUCUUUUAGCUCAGGUGGAGAUUGGAGAUUUUGAAAGACCUUUCUCAACUCCAGCAGGGCCUGUUACCAAUCAGUGCAAAUCAAAUCAGACUCUCAAACAAGUCCUAGAGAAAUUUUAUCCUAAAAGGUAUAGAGAUGGCUGCUCUGAAGAGCAGUCGAGGCAACUUUACCAGAGACUAUCAACCAGAUGGAUGGCCCUCCGGGGACACAGUGCUGCCGACUGUGUGCGAAUUUAUUUGACAGUCGCCAGGAAGUGGCCAUUCUUUGGUGCCAAGUUGUUUUUUGCUAAACCCUUAACUUCAUCAUCAACCCUUGGAAAUACUGUCAUAUGGCUGGCUAUAAACGAGAAUGGUUUAAGCAUUUUAGAACAUAACUCCAUGAGAUUAAUAGUCAGCUAUUUAUACAAAAGUCUGAUGACCUUUGGAGGUUAUCAAGAUGAUUUUAUGAUAGUCAUUAAUACAAAUUCAAAAGACAAGCCAACGGAGAAAUUACUGUUCGCCAUGGCAAAACCCAAGAUUCUUGAAAUCACUCUUUUGAUCGCCAGUUACAUCAACAAUGCUUAUCAGCAAAAGGCAGCGAUUCACCACCUCUCUGCUCCAGCACUGCUCUCCACCAGGGCGCCCGGACCCCAAACUGGGACAGUAGGAGGCCAGCCCCUGCUGUCAGGCAGCAGACCCACCAAAGGCCCCACCUUACUCUAACGGCUCCAGAAUCUGACUGUUCACUGCUUGUCCUCUGAACAGAGGCUGCAACCAAGUUUGUUUACAUCCUGCCAUUGUGGCACCCACAUACCAGCAUUCCAGACUUUAGCAAUAUGAGGUUACACUCUCUUAGCUGACUCUUAAAUAUUUGAAUAACAAUAAAACAUAAAUAAGAUAUUGGCCAAGCUUAUUUUCUUAGAUUAAAUAGGUUAGAAUUCUUCCCCCCUCGUCUUUUCUUCCUGGCCAAGAGAGACAUCAUGCUUAUUUUUUUAUUUUAUUUUUUUUACAUUUAAACAUUCUGGCAGUGUUUAAAAGGAAAGUUCCAAACUCUCAUUUGGUAAACCAGUUGAUUAUUUGGAAAAGCUCACUGCCAAAUAUGAAGGUUCUAUGAUUGAAUGUGCUUUUAAUUAAUGAGAUAGUGUUUGGAAAGGAGUGAGGUACUGUUAUAAGAAUAAAUUUUUAGAGCAAGUGCAAUAAAGUUUCAGGCUCUAUGAAUCAUUACAUGACAAAACAGGAGUUAGGUAACCAGACCCUGUGGGUAUUAGAAAGUAUACCUUGUCACCUUUGCUGACCACUGGAGUAUAAAGUUUCAAGAGAUACAGUGAUUCCUGGCAUUCCUUGGCUGUUGUCAGCAUAGCACAAGUUCACUGGAAUAUUGCCCCACAUUUCAUUGCAUUUGGUGCUAAGUCAACUUGACCUUGCUUUGUUAAAUAAUAGUAUCUUUCAAAGAAAAGUCAGUUCAUAAAGCUUUGCCUUUCAUCUAGUCCUUCCUGAUUAUAGUGUGAAGAUAAAUCUCUCAUUUUUGGGGUUGUUUGUUUGUUUGUUUGUUUGAGACAGGGUUUUACUUUGUAUCCUAGACUAGCAUUGAACUCACUAUGUACCCCAGGCUGGCUUCAAACAUCCUCCUGUCUUUGCCUCCUGAGUACAAGCAUUACAGGCAUGUCAUUAAAAAAAAAAAAUCUGGUUAGCAAAUGCAAGGCCUCAUAUAUACUAGGUUGGUACUCUACCACUGAUCUCCAGCUCCAGCAAAAAUAUUUUUUUAAAGAAAAGUUUAUGUCAGGUACUUGUGGUUCUCAUACCUGUCACCAUAGCAACUUUGGAGGCUUAGGUUCAGCGGAUCAAAGUCAGUCCACCAUAAAAAUUCCAUGACCCCUUCUCCAAAAUAAUUGGCAAAAAGCAAGGCUCAGAAGGGGGAGCUUCAGCAAGCAAACUUGAAGGGUGGGGCCUAAGAUUAAAUCUAAGGUAGUGCAAAGAAAAAGGAAGAAAGGAAGAGAAAAGGAAAAGAAGCAAAUAUUCUUCCCACAAAGGAAGUAAAAUUUUAAUUGAAAUUAAAUUGAAAUAUAUUACUUUACUAGGUUACAUAAGUGGUCAGUAUAUUCCAGUGUGUGUCAAAAUGGUGUAAUUAGUAUUCAUGAUAAAAAUGAAACUGUGAUAAGUCAUGAAAAUUAUAGAAAUGUUUAAUAGUAAUCAUGAAUAUCCUUAAUUUAUGUGUAGAAUAUUUGUAUUUAUUUUUGGAUAUGUAUGUGUCACUUUGUGUGUCUUAUUUUUUAACCCGUUUGAGAAAAAUACUAGCUGCUGAGUUAAUUUCUUGUCAGAACCUUCAUAUUUUCUUUGCUGUUUUCUCACUGUGGCAAUGUAUUGUUCACUAAGCCUUUUAAAAGUCAGCCUUGAAGGAACAGAGCCAAGAAAUACAUUGCCCAAGUAAUAGUGUGUAUUAUUGGCAAUGAUAAGAUUUCUUAAAACAUAUAGAAAUGAAUUUCCCUUAACUAUUUCCCCUAUAGUUUUUGAGCCAUAAUCACUCACUGAGUAAACAAAUAUGUUUUUGAGAAUAAACUGAUAACAAAUGUGGAAGAACUCUCAGAGGAGUCUUUUGUCUGUGAUUAAGUAGCAUUCCAGAGCUCCCAGAAAUCCAUUUCAUAGUCAUUAGCUGGUGAGCCAGAGGUUUUGCAAGGCUGUUAACUAUGUGCAAAAAUUUUAUUCUCAGGCAAUAGUUUAUUCACCAUCUAGUGAGCCCUUCUACCUUUUCAAACCCUCUAACUUAAAAACUAAGUUGUGAAGGCAUAGCUCAAACCGUAGUACCUUAGACUUGGCAUUUAGUUUUGAUAGAACUAAAAUAAAAUAUUUUGAUGGAAAGAAAUCAAUUUUCUGUAACUGAUGAUGUGAAAAUUUUUUCUUUUCUAUAGCCAUUUAAAAAUUCAAAGUAUGUUAUUCAAGAGAAUGUUUGAUGUUUAAUUGUAAUAUUUGUCUCCUAUCAUUUUCUUUCCUUUCAAUCAUAAUAAAUGAUUUACAAAACCCAA